AUGCAAGAGGACACUUCCCCAGUCCCUAUAAUACGUGUAGAUGAAGACAUGAUCCACCAUGAUGCCUAUCGCCUCAUUCUUGACAAUACACACACCACUGCAGAGUUGCUCGAACUCCUCGGCAGCACAUCUCCUUCAAAAUCACAGACUCCCCAAGGAACUGCAAAACGUGUGCGAAUAUCCGAGGAGGUUACUGUAUUUAAUGAUCAACCAGUGGAAUUACUUCAUCUUCCACCAGCCGUAGCCCUUCUCUAUCACGCCGCUCUAGCAGAUGCACCUGUAAAGAAAGUCUCAACUCUUCUACACAUGCUGGAGCGCUUAGGUGAACCACCCACCCCACGUGCGCGGGGUAAUAUCUUGCAUGAAGAAGGAAUGCGUAGAAUUCAAGAUAUCGCAAAAUGGCGAGAGGAACAACAAAAGGCAAUGAUAGAGCAAGAAACGAAGGAGUGUACCUUUAAACCAACUAUAUCGGAUUCUGCUAAACAGAUUGCACCGAAAGGACUCAAAACAUUUAUGGAGAAAUGUAUUGAAUGGAGGAAAUCAGCAGAUAUGCGAUUACAAAAGAAAGUUGCACAGGAUCGUAUCAAUCGUGGUGAAGAUGAAAUAAUGACACAAUGGAAGAUGAACGACCGCAGUCGGCAGGUACUAGAAAAAUUAAAGAAGAAAGGGAUACAACGGAGUAAAUUAUGGGAACCGAAAACAGUACACUCUGCUGAUUCUCUAACUUCUAAUAAGGUUGAUGCCUCAGAUCACCAUAUGUUAAUUGACUCUACAGUAGAGAACAAUAUGAAAGAUGUCUUGGCGUCUCCUUCUUUUCAUCCUGUCAUUCAUUCCGCAGUUGGGGAUGCACUCAUAUACCUACAACAGUGUGAUAAGAGGAAUCUAAUAAAGGAUAAAGAAGAUAAUAAUACUAAUAAUAAAAAUAAUGACGAUAAGGAUGAUACUGUACUUUGUAGGAAUGACAGUAAUAACAGUAAUAACAACAAAAGAAGAGGAAUAGGUGUUGUGAGGGCAUAUCUGCAGCGAGUAGAGGAUGAUAAGGAGCGCCGCCAGGUGCGAUUAAAAAAACUUCGAGCCUUUUACGCUAAACAAGCAAAGGAACAACUGUAUGAAAAGAACACAGGACAACCUCUGUUUCAACCAAACUCGAUGCCAACAGUUCUUAAGAAUGGUAAACGUGUUAACUUUGAUGAACUUGAUAAGGAGGAACAACAACAGUUAGUGAAGACACUUCAACUACAACAUCAAGAACAUGUAAUUGCACGAUAUAUGAGUUCUCAACGUGAGAGAGAUGAGAAACUACAACCCCGAACACCAGAUAAAUUGGUAGCAGAUCUUUUAAAUCAAAGUGAACGACAAAGACGUCUUGAGGCUCUACGAAGUGAAAUAGAUGUGGAAGAAACAUUUCAUCCAGAGAUUAGUAGAAAAGCACGUAGAAUCAUCGCAAAGAAGUCAUGGCGACCAAUUUAUGAACGUCCACUACCACAGCGACAACAAGAAACAUCAAGGAGUUCAUCUACUACACCAAAGGGAAAAUCAUCCAAUGUAUGCAUUCAACGUAUGUUGGCCCGCACAGAGAAUUGGAUGCAACAACGCAGUCAACACCUACAACAAAUGCGAGAAGCGUUGGAAGAGGAAAUGGCAGCGAAUUGUAGUUUCCAUCCACAACGAGACAGCAGUAUUGAUAUGAGCCGAAACAGUAAAUAUGAGAAGAAUAAGAAUGACAAUGAGAGUCAUAACAGUUCUAUCUCCACACAGAUAGUGGAUAAUGAUGCACUUGUGGCGAGUGCUGAAUCUCGAAUGUAUACAGAGUUGGAACUAUUACGUUCACAGGCUGCAUUACGUGAUAGGAUGUUUAUGAAGGCUAUUAAAGAGCCACUCACAGCAGUAACACUCGCAACUGCACCACGACCGUCUAGACGAAGUGUAGAAGAAUACACACGCAGUCAGUCGUCCAUUACAUCACUGCGUCCAACGGGUAGCAGCUCAUGUCAGCCUCAGAGAAGAGGAUACAGUUUAUCUACCUCCUUUGUAGUAUACAGUGAUAAUGAGAAUGAGAAUGAUGAUGAUGAUGGAAAUGAUGAUGAUGAUUAUUAUUAUUAUAAUGGUGUCACUAGUGGGGAACACAGUACUCAAUAUAUCGACUAUGGGGAGGCAUCAGAGGGGAUGCAAGAGAUUGCAGACUCAUGGGCUUUGCUAGAUGCACAGACAGAUGCUAUUUUAAAGAAGUGCCAGUACUAUUAA